AUGGACACUAACACUCCCGUCCCCAAUGGACCCAGAGAGAUGGGAGCCAGUGCCACAGAAGAGAAGUUUGUGGAGAAGUCCAAAGGAGAAGUCAGACAAAUUCGGCAGAGUGUUCUGGAGAAAGAGAACCAUGAGUUGGUAUGGCCAGAGAAAGGAAGAUUCAGGUUAACUGUUCAGUUGCCCACGUCUCCAGAUGAAACCCAGGAUGAGUCCAGAAGGCAAAGUCCAACAAAGGAAUCCAAGACCAAAGAAGAUGCCAAAGACCCAGGCGCAGCUAUUUCUAAAGAGCUGGAUUCAAAACUCUCUCUUAAAGAAAGAGGUGAAAACAUGGAAGCCACGCCAGAAGAAUGUGAAAACGUUUCGUUUUUGGUUGCAUUUGAAAAUCUGAAGAAACACGUGAAUGACAUCAUGUUAAUACUGUUCGUGGAGAACAUAAGUGGGCUGUCAGAAAACAAUAAUGACUUUCAAGUGGAAUUAAUGCGAGAUCUUGAUGUUGCUGUUGUUAUUUUUCAAAGACCUAUAGAUAUCAUUAAAUUUAUGGAGAAGUGCACCACCUAUCAGUCAGACAAGCAACUUGACUUUUCCCCGAGACUUCUGGAAGCAACAAAAGCCAUCAGAGUUGAAAACCUGCCACCUGGUGUUGAAGACUAUUAUUUAAAACUUUUCUUUGAAAAUCCCAAUCACGGAGGAGGAGUAGUUGAGAGUGUUCAAAUCCUUCCUCAAGAGAGUUCAGCUAUAGUUGGCUUUUCCGACCGAAAAGUGCUGGACACCAUCUUGACCAAGAAACUUAUCUUCAAUAACAUGCCACUCUCUAUAUUCCCAUACUAUCAUUCUUUGGGCACGGCCCUGUACGGCAAGGAGAAGCCCAUGAUCAAGCUUCCAGCACCAUUGGAAAAGUCAGUGCCUCUUCCUCUAUGGAAGUUCUUACAGAAAAAUAAGCACCUGAUUGAGGAGAUAGACAAUGAAAUGGGGCGUUACCAUUGUGAGCUAACCUGGGCCCCACCCAGUGGUAUUGUCACCAUCAGGCCUGCAGCCACCUUAGUCAAUCAAGGAAGACCAAGAAUCGCUACAUGGAGUGAAGAUGUUUCCACAGCAUUCUGGGCCAUUGUAUCUCAAUAUCAAGUUAUCACAAUGCACGUGGACCCCCAAAUAUGGAACACCAUAAAAGAUGACUUUGAAGAUGACAAGGUUUUGAUUGAGUAUGAUACAGUUGGGGAGACGGUUACCCUUGCAGGGAACUCAGAGGAUGUGCAAAGCAUCGAGCCACAAAUGAAGACCUUAAUAGAAAGCACUGUUGAAAAAGUGAAACGGGAAGAGCAGAGCCUGAAGGAGAAAAUGGCCAUUUCUCCAGGAAAAUAUUCCCUUUUGAGUCUCUGUGGUUUACUGAAGGAUCCACACACACAGUGUCCGGAGGUAGAGAUUUCUUAUGAUGCCGGCGCUGGGCACAUGUUCCUGAAAGGGCCCCAGGUUGAUGUGUAUAGAAUGAAGUGCAACAUUCAGGAGCAGGUGCACUCCAUGGUUCAGAAAAGCCUUCAGGUGCCCUUGGAGAUUUUACAGUUUCUGAAGCAGAUAGACAGUGAAGAAUUCUCGAUGUCUCUCUUCAUAGCAAAGGAAAUCCUAGCUAUUUAUGAGCUAGAGCAUGCAGCUGUGCUCCUAACCAGCUGUUCUGUUAAAGGCCUGCUAGAUGCUGAACAACAAAUGGCCAAUGCCUUACAUUAUAAACGCAUUGAAAUUGAGGACAGGGACGUUCUUAAAGAUAAGAAAUGGAAAGGGCAUAUUCAUAGUUUGCAUAAGAAACAUAAUUCCUCAUCCACAACUGUGACCAUCGAUGAGGUAACUUCCGACACCAAAGCUGAGAUCAUCAUAGCGGGCUGUGUGAGAGAGGUCAAUGAAAUCUAUAAAGUACUCUUUGCCUUUGUUGAAGAAAACACAAAAAUAGAGAGAUCGAUUGAACUACAGUCUUCCUUAGUGGCUCAGUAUAUCAGGUCAGAAAAGAAGCUCAUUUGGUCAAAAAUAAAGACUAAGAAAAACAUGCAGGUGAUUUUCAAUGUGGAGAAUAAGGGAAAAAGCAUCUUACUAAUUGGCUCAAAGACCAAAGUCCUGGAAGGAGUAAAGAUUAUCCAGGAAAUCCAGGAUUCAGUCUGUCUGAAAAGCAUCUGCAUCAAUACUCCAGCAGCCCGUCACUUCUUCCUGGACAAAGACCGCUAUUAUAAGGGGGAGACCAAAAGGCGCUUCGGUUGUUUUAUUGACCUUCAGGAAGAUGAGGGGAGGGAGGGUGGUGGCCACGCAGGUGGGCAGCAGGGCUGUGCUAAGGCUCUCUUGGCUCCUGGAGUCUCACUGCUGGUUCAGCGGGGCGACUUGACCCACUUUCCUGUGGAUGUGGUGGUGAAUGCGGCGAACAAGGACCUCAAGCACGACAAGGGCCUUGCCGGUGCACUUUCAAAAGCUGCCGGCCCUGACUUGCAGUCUGACUGCGACCGCCUAAUAAAGGUGAAGGGCCCGCUCCCACCAGGCAGCGCCAUCGUCUCCAGAGUCGGAAAGCUCCCAUGCCAGCAUGUGAUCCAUGCAGUCGGGCCCCGGUGGGACGCGCUUGAUGUCCCGAGGUGUCUGUACCUACUAAGGAAAGUCGUGGAAGAAAGCCUUAGUCUGGCUGAAAAACACAAGGCUCAGUCCAUUGCUAUCCCAGCCAUUAGUUCUGGAUCUCUUGGCUUUCCUUUGGAUCAGUGUGUGGAGACCAUUGUGGUGGCCAUCAAGGAAAACUUCCUGUACCACAGGGAUGGGCGCACUUUGAAAGAGAUUUACCUUGUGGAUUCAUCUGAGAAGACUGUCGAGGCUUUUGCUAAAGCGGUGAAAACUAUGUUUAAAGCACCAGAGCCUACUAAUACUCUCCUGCCUAGUGUGUCAGCAGCAAGCCAACCCAUGCCGAUAAAUGAUCCUGGAACCAGCAACGUUCUGGUGUCCCCCGAAGGCCUGAAGAUCCACCUUAUGAAAGGAGACGUGCAGAAUGUGAUGACUGAUGUUGUUGUCAACUCCAUUUCCACGGACCUUGGGCUUGAUAGAGGGCCCCUUUCUCGGGCUCUCUUAGAAAAAGCUGGGCCACAGCUCCAGGUGGAAUUGAACCAAGUCGGACAAGGGGUUCUCGUCGGUGAUGGCACAAUACUGACAACCCGUGGUCAUCAACUACACUGCCAGCAUGUGCUUCAUGUGGUGCCUCCAGCGUGGGCCAACGACGCAUCAUCUCGGAAGAUUAUGGAAGACUUAAUCACAAGGUGUUUGGAGAACGCUGAGUACUUGUCAGUAAAAUCAAUUACAUUCCCAGCUAUCGGAACAGGAAAUUUGGGAUUUCCUAAAACCAUUUUUGCCGAAUUAAUUGUUUCAGAAGUGUUAAAAUUUAGCAGCACGCAGCAACUGAAAGCGGUAGAAGAAGUACACUUUCUGUUGCACCCAAGCGAUCAUGAAAAUAUUCAGGCAUUUUCAGAUGAAUUUACCAAAAGACGUCGUGGGAAACUCGUCAGCGACAAAAUCCCCAAGAAUGAAGAUAAACAAGGCUUAUAUGGGGCUGUGACUAGCCCCCAAACAGGAAUGCACGAGAUGAAUAUUGGUCCCAUCAUCUUCCAGGUGGCCUCUGGCGAUAUCGCCAACGAAGAUGCAGAUGUAAUUGUAAAUUCAACCGCAAAGGGAUUUAAUCUCAAAGCAGGAGUCUCCAAAGCAAUUUUAGAAGGUGCUGGACAAGAUGUGGAGAAAGAAUGUGCUGUUCAAGCUCAGCAGAGCAACAGUGAUUAUAUAAUUACCAAAGGAGGAUUACUGAAGUGCAAGAGCAUUAUCCAUGUCAUUGGAGGAAAUGAUGUCAAAAAUUCUGUGACCUGUGUCUUGCAAGAGUGUGAGAAAAUGAAUUAUGCAUCCAUUUGCCUCCCAGCCAUUGGAACAGGGAAUGCCAAGCAGUCCCCUGACAAGGUCGCUAAAGCCAUGAUGGACGCCAUUGAAGACUUUGUCAAGAAAGGAUCCGCCAAAUCUGUGAAAAGAGUCAAAGUUGUUAUCUUGCUGACCCCGGUGCUGGAUGUGUUCUACGCCCACAUGAAGAAGCGAGAAGGGGCGCAGUCUUCCUCCUAUCUGUCGGUGAUAUCUAAAAUCGCAUCCUAUUUUGGUUUCUCGCAGAAGCCUCCCAAAAAGCAAACUCCAUUGGUUUUGGAAAAGAAAACAGAAUCAACAAUUUUUCAGGUGUGUGGUGAAAAUGAAAAGAGCGUGGGAAGCGCUAUUGCCUGGAUACAGGAUGCAAUGAAGAAGGAAAUUUUCACUGUCCCCAACGAAGAUGAGUGUAUCAAACACUUUGAUGAAGAGGAAUAUCGGGAUUUGAAUCAGCUGCAGAGGAACCUAAAUAUCGCUAUUUCUCUGGAUGCGAAGAAACCUUUGAUUGAAGUAUCAGGAGUUAAAACCGAUGUGAAGACAGCCGCAAGUGAAAUUGAGAAAAUGAUUAAGAAAGUCAGAGAGGCCACAGAACAGGAGACUCAGGCUGAGUAUAUCAGUGAUUUUGUAGAAUGGCAAUAUAACGACAAGAACAGUUUUUAUUCUUUUGACAAAAUAACCAAUCUGAAAUUGGAGAAAGCAAAGAAAGAAAAUCAAAGCACAGUGAAUAUCAAAAUUAAUAAACAGAACUACACAGUGGACUUGCAGGCGAACCUCGCUACAGAUGCACAAGGAAACACCUUACCUGUCCAGCGCAUCAACAAAGCUGAAGCUAAGAUCCCGGAAAACUGGAGUGAUAUGAAGCAGCAGAUUUCCUGUCUGGUGGAGCUGCAGCCCAGCCAUUCAGAAUACCAAACCGUGGCCAGCAUGUUUAACAAGACCUGCUCAAACUUCAAAAUACAGAAGAUUGAAAGGAUCCAGAAUCCAAGUCUCUGGAAUUACUACCAGGCAAAGAAAAAAGCUAUGGAUGACAAGAAUGGCCAAAACAACAACGAGAAGCUCCUCUUCCAUGGGACAGAUGUAGCCUCAUUGCCACAUGUCAACCAGCUCGGCUUUAACCGCAGUUACGCUGGAAAGAAUGCUGUGGCAUUUGGAAAAGGAACUUACUUUGCCGUCAACGCUAACUAUUCUGCCAAUAACACGUACUCCCGGCCAGACGCAAAGGGGAGGAAGUACAUGUAUGUCGUGCGGGUGCUGACUGGCCUCUACACAGUUGGAAACGCUUCCUUAAUUGUGCCUCCUCCGAAGACCACGCAAGACCCUACUGACCUGUAUGACACUGUCACCGAUGAUGUGAGAAACCCAAGUUUAUUUGUGGUCUUCUCAGACUACCAGGCUUACCCAGAGUACCUCAUUACUUUCACAACGUGAUCCUCUUGCUUCCUUCCCCAAAGACAUUUUUCAUGUAUGCAGACCUGGUUGUCAAACAAGUUUCGGGUGGGUUCCCCCCACCCCCCACCCCCACCCCCACACAGUUGUUUUCGGAGCUCGACGGGCCCUUCUUUGCCACCAAAAUGGACUCUUUCAGCUUCCCUGUCAUCAUCUGGAGGGAACCUACCUUGCAGGGGGCACAGCGGUGGACCUUGAGCUGCUGCUGAGCAGACGGCUCUUAGUGGUCCAACGCUUGGUCAUUCAUUCAUUGCAUCUCCUCCACACCUGCCCCAAAGUAGAAACCAGCUGGUCGCCAUUCUUGCCUGACUGUUACUUUGCCUCAGAUUGAACGAGUUCUGUGACUGGGAACGUCAUGCACGAAUCAGCCUGUAACAUGCAGGGCAGCACAUCAGGACCCUGGGAUUGCAGGGAAGUGUGUCCUCCCACCUCCAGGGGCUGGGACUUGGCCCGUG